GUCAUUAUUUCUGUUUUUGACAUUUGUUUGUCACGCUAUGUCUGUUUUCAUCUCUAAAUUAUAAAAUAUUUUAAAAAUAUUUGCUCUUGUCAAUAAAAGGGUAGUCGUAUCUGCCCAUAUAAUUGGCGACAACCAGUGAUAACGAAAUAGACUAUUAACGUAUUUGAUAAUGGAGGCAUGCAUCGGCGUGGAGCAGGAUUUAGACAAAGCCAUCUCAAAAUUUACUUCACUAAACGAUCAUACUGAUAAAGUUUUGCAUGAUAUUGUUGAACAAGUGGAGAAUUUAAAAAAGGAAAUAGCCAAGCAACCAGCUAAUACACCCCUAUCACAAACACAGGCCAUGGUUGUAAGUGAGCUGGCUGCCAGAGUAAAGAAAACUGUAUUUCAAAUGUCUACAGAACAUCGUGAAUUACAUGCAACAGUGUCCAAAGUGGGUAAGACAAUUGACAGACACUUCAUUGUUGAUUAUGGUUCUGUAGCACCAAGGGCUGAAAGCUUCUGUUGUGAUGAAAACAGACCUAUUAUGGAACAAGCUAUUGCUCAACAUUUAUAUAGACAGGGUUUAGAGGAUGUUGGCGAUUCACUGGUUGCUGAGGCGCGGAUUCCAGCAGUGGAGCGAACUUGUACAUUCGCUUUGCUUCAGCGUUGCGCCGCAGCGCUAGCGGAGGGUGACCCAACGCCAGCGCUGCAAUGGGUUGAAGAACGUGGACAGGAGCUGGCACAUUCGCCUCUCCCUUUCACUCUACAUAGGAUGCAAGCUUUGAAGUUGGCGCGCGAGGUGGGCGUGGUGGCGGCGAUAGAGUACGCGCGCGCUCAGUUCCCCGCGCACGCGGCGCGCCACGAGCGCCAGCUGCAGGCGGCGGUGUGCGCGCUCGCCUGGUGCACGCCCGACGCGCCCCCCGCGCCCCCGCACUACGCGCACCUGCUCGACCCCGCCGCGCUAGGCGCGGAGGCGGCGGAGCUAUUUAUCCGCGAAUCGUGCGCGUUACUCCGUCUGGCGCCGCUGUCCCCGCUGGCGGGCGGCGUGCUGGCGGGCGCGCGUGUGAUACCCGCCUUACACGACAUACGCACCAAGAUGGCGCAUCCGCACGUCAUCGCCGCUUGGGGAGACGACGAGCUACCUUUAGAGGUGGAUUUAGGCGAGGACGGUGGCGGUUACCAUUCAGUAUUCGCAUGCCCUAUACUAAGACAGCAGGCGUCCGAACAGAAUCCUCCAAUGAGACUGCUCUGCGGUCACGUGAUAUCACGUGAUGCUCUCAACAAGCUCGCUAUGGGUGCCAAGUUAAAGUGUCCCUACUGUCCAAUGGAGCAAGCGCCGGCUGAAGCAAGACAGAUAUACUUCUCUUGAAAUAAAAAAUCAAGUCAUUUCAAAAGUAUAAUAAAUAAGGGACAUAGCCGGCACCGCCGGCGCUGUUAUACCGCUAAUAAUAAUAGAUGUUAACUCAACAUUUCUAUAUUGUAAGAUAAAUAACUAACAUUGUAUAUUUACUAGGCCCCUAGAGCCGUGCUUUUGUUCUUUUGUAAUAAACUAAAUUUAGUAAUUUGAUGUUUUAUUUGCUUUGCCACAAUUUGAUGUAAUGCUUCUUUA